CACUGCUAAUAUAACAGUCAGAACUUCCUUUCUAGCUCGCUUCUCUACAGCUAUGGAGUUAGACAGCAUUUACACUGGGCUGCAGAAACCCUCAGAGAAUGUCUACUCAACAGUAAACCAGACCCAGGGCAGGAGAGCCGGUUCAGAACAAGGAGCUUGUAUGCUCAAUCAGGGAUCUCUCCCAGUUCCCCUGGUCCAGCCCAGUUCUUCUUCCAGUGUCACCAUUGCUCUGGGAGUUACAGUGUGUGUCUUACUGGUUGCAGUCGUCGGCAUGGGAACAGCAAUUCUAUGGAUACAAGGAACACACUGUAUUGCUGGAAAUAGCAGCAGUGCGUCACAGAGUUCAACAAACUCUUAUAUGAAGAAUAGCAACGGCCUGGUGAGAUCAUUUUGUUGGGAUCAAGACAUUGGAGAUGAAGCUGAUCUGUGUGCAAUCUGUCCAAGGACCUGGAGGUGGAGGCACAGGGGAAGCUGUUAUGACUUUUCCUUGAUACCACAGUCAUGGGUGUCCAGUAACAAUACCUGUUCUAAAGAUGGAGGUCAUCUCGUUGUGAUUAAUGACCAGCAGGAGUUGGAAUUCCUACGUGGUAAGAUGGUAGGAGGUACAUUUUACUGGAUUGGGCUGAAAGGCAAAUUGAGCCUAGAAGAAUGGCACUGGGUGGACAACACAACUUUCAAUGAAACACUGUUUGCCUUUAACAACACUGAUCACAGAGGACGGGACUGUGUUAUCAUUUCUAACACUAAGAAAUAUUCAGAACCAUGUGAGACAGGGAGACCCAGGAUUUGUGAGAGGAAAGCUCUCCUGUUGUCACCCAAUCUUUGACCACUUUCAAGAAAGAUUGUAAAUUCACUGCAGAAGAGGAGGGUAUUUUUUUUUAAAUGCCUCAAAGAAUGCCUUGCCAACAAGCAAAACUUUGUUUUUUUAUUUUUUGUUUAAAAUAAAAGUGAGCAAACCUGUG